CCCAGCACAAGCGAGCACCAGUCGAGUUUCUGAAGCGUACUAGAAAGUUUAACUUGAGAAUAAUAAAGAAUAAAAAUAAGAAUAAAUCGUGCAACCAUGAGUAACCAGAAUAAAAUCAAAGACAUUUUGAAGAACUUGCAAAUUUCUGACGAAGAUCGUUGUGACUACCUUAUGGACGCUAUAGAUAUUCAAAACCAUGUGAUUGAGAAGCUGAAAAAGGAGGACUCAACUUUUCGAAGUGCCUUUGACGGCCUGAGCCUAUCUGGAAGUUACUUGGAUCGCGUCAAGUUGAAGACCCCCGAUGAAUUUGAUUUGCACAUGAAGCUCAAGUUCCCAUUCCAAAUCACCCCGGAACGAGAUGAAAAAGGGUUUGUCUUGCUGUAUGCACCUGGAGGAAAUCAUUCGCCGAUCGUGUCUGGUAGCUAUAUUUGUCGCCAGGAUCUUCAGGGCUGGUUGCGUGGUAUCUUCAAGAAGGUGUUCAAUCCAACUCUGUGUCUUGAAAGUAGCAGGACUCGCAAUACAUAUACUGUGUCGUAUACAUUGGAGGGAUACGGCUGCGCCCAUUCGAUUGAGGCCAAGUGUGGAAAUCGCAUUAUAUCCUUUGAUCUAGUGCCGGCUUUCGAGUUUAAAAAUUCUCAGUGGCCGUUGGCUGCUCCACCGAUUUCGUAUCAGGUGCGUAGCGAACAUCCCUGGUUCGCCAUUCCGCAGAAGAAAUCGAGGAGCUCCGACGAUCGCACUUUUAUGGUUUGUGCCCCCCACUGGGAACGGGAAGUGAUGAAGGGCUCUUACAAUAUGAAGAACGUUUUGCGCCUCAUGAAGGGAUUACGCGAUGCUAAUUACACCGAUUUCCCGCAUUUGUCCAGUUACAUGCUGAAAACCGUGCUUCUUCAUGAACUCGGAAGUGUUAACUGGCAACGCGACGAAGGUCCUUUAUUGGUGGAGAUGUGGGGUAAAUUGCUACAUCGCCUCAAAACUGGCAGACUGGAUUUCUUCUUAGCCGAUGGCCACAAUAUAUUUGAUCGUCUAAACGAACGAGAACUAAUUACCUGUUGCCAUAACGCAACCAUUACUUACGGAAAAUUACAACAAUACUACUCCUAUAACAACGGUUCUGAGUUGUAUAACCUGUUUAAAGAAAACUAAUCAUCUAUGCAUUUUAUAAUACCAAAAUGUUUUUCUUUAUUUCAACAAGAAGCAUGUGUAUUUCAUUGUAUUUGGUCGUAUUUCAAUAAAAAGUAUACAUAUAUACCCUGAUAAAAAUA